CAGUUGCAAAUAUUUUCCUGGCGUGAUCAGUCGUAUUUCCUAUACAAUACUUUAUUAUAUUUUGCAAUAUUUGAAAUAAUUAUUUUACUUUGACAAUGAAAAGUAAAAUUACAAAUUAGUCAACCUGAAUCUGUUGAAUUAUAUUUAUUUCCAAUGCAUUUAAAACAAAUCAUAGUGAUUUUUUUAUUAGUUAAAGUGACGAAUAGUAAAAUAAAACUUUACGAUUCACCUCUGGAAGACUCGGCGAUCGAUUUCUAUCGUCAAGUGAGGCAACUUCUCGACUUAUGUUUUACUGAAAUUUUAAAUCCUGUUGUCAUUACUGAAGAUUUGUAUGACGAUAUUUACAAAAUUCCAUGGGAAACAAUAAAGCCGCCUCCAAUAAUUAUCAACGACAAUUUUAAACCCAAAGAAAUCCAAGUGUACAAUCCAUCUUAUCCGACGUAUGUUUUGUCGGUUACUAACUCAAUUGAAAAAUUAAAAACACUUCUCAUUAAAUUAAAAUCUACGAGUGUCUGGAGUAUUGAAUCCUUGUUUUUUAUUAUCGGAAACUCUUGUGAAAAUGCUAGCGAAACAUUCAAAAUAUUGUGGAAAAUGGAUUUGUUGAAAUCAUUCUUCUUAUGCUAUGAAUCGAGUAAUAGUACUCUAAUAAUUUAUAAUUACAACCCCUUCACAAGUUUCGCACCACAUCCGUGGAAAAAAGUUGCAACAAAUGACAAAGAUAGUAACAACAAAUGGACAAUAUAUAACCAGCUUUUCUUUAAUGAUAAUAAAAUUUGCCACAAUAUUACAUUUGACAAAACGAAAAUUUUAGACGGCCAUGAUGUAAAGACUACGUUUUUUUUUAAAUUACCAAAGGCAACUUCCGAUGAUGUAAUUUAUUCUGGAAAUCUUUCCACAUCUUUCCACAUCGUUUCAAGUCCAAUAUUUCCAUAUAUAAAUGCUUUAUAUUCUUUUUUAAAUAUUACACCAGCAAAGUAUAUACUUCAUCCUGAUGUUGCUCGCGAUGCAGUUAAACAGGGAUAUUUAAAAGUAUUAGCUGACGGUAAUUAUGAUAUUAACAAUAAACGAUGGUCUAUCUCAAACACAAAUUAUACACAUUCAGAUAUUAUGACUCAGUAUUUUGAAGUUGAAUUUUCAAUAGUAACCCAAAAAAGAAGUUUUAUUUCAAUAGCCAAUGAGAUAUCCAAUAAAUAUAGUCUUGAAAUACUGAUAUUAUCAACUGUAAUUUUAUUACUAAUUACGAUAAUAAUAAUAAUAAUUAAUAAUUUUGACUUUGCACGAUCGUUAUUGGAUGUUCUUAGUUUGUCACUGAAUAUGGGAAUACUCACGCCUCUCGAUAGGUUAUCGAUGCGUAUUACUUUCUUUACCGGAUUUUUUUUUAUUUUUUCGAUGAGUUCAGAAAUUCAAGGUCAAAUAUCGACAUUAUUGUCCAACCCUUCAACUCAUAAUAUCGAUACGUUACAAAAUCUGUAUGAUCAUAACUAUCACGUGUACUAUGAUCGAGAAUUACAUGAGGAUAUGAUUAGUCAAAAUAUAUGGGUAACUGACGAUGAUAAGAAAUAUUUACACCCAUGUGAUUAUUUUUUUUUACAUCAAUGUACAAUCGAUCUUAAAACCAAUUCAACAAUUGCCUGUAUUUAUAAUACUGAUUUACAAUUGCUACUGGUAAAACGUAGACGUUUAUCACAUGUAUACUUAUCAAAAAAUCCUGUUUUUACAAAAUUAUAUGCCUACUGGACGCGUAAGAAUUGGGCGUUGAAAAAAAAGUUUGAUGAAAUCGGUCUAACUUCAUUUGAGAUGGGUUUUAUAAAUCGUUUGGAUAGAGAAAAUAAUAAUCGUUUGAAAAAAAUGAAAAAAAUUGAAAGGAUUAAAAGAAAUAAACAGUAUGAUCAGAUCGUAAACGAAGAUUUGAAAUAUACUUAUAUAAUGGUCGGUGUUACUAUAAUCACGGCUUUAUUCGUUUUCGGUGUCGAAUUAAUGUUACGAAAAUUGUUUAGACCUACGAGGCCGAUGCAUCGACCUAUACCUAAUCGUAUACCAAUAAAAAUGAAAAAAAGACUAGUAUUUCCUAAAAGACGAAUCGUUUCUGUCAUUAGACGAAUGCGACGUCGUAAUUAAAUAUUGAUGAAAUUUUUUUUCUUCUCCUACACUCUAAAUUCAAGUUUGUUACAAGUGUAUUAUUUUUUCACAUAUUUAAUGCUUUCUAUGUUUAAGGCCAUAAGCGAAACUAUAGUUUUUUUUUGUAGUUAUUCAAAACACGUUUCAUGGUGUAUCAAAUAUCUAUAGGUUGCUUAUGACGUUUCAAUGUUAUUUGGCAAGUGUGUUAAUUUUGACUACACACUUGGUUUUAGAGCGUAUUAUUCUUUUUAAUUUAACAAUUAUUUGAAACUUUUUCACACUUUUCGCACGACAAAACUAUUUAUCAGCUUAUGAAAAGGAUUCAUUAAAAAUGCCUGCUCGGGAAAACGAUAACGUUAUCAAAUUGAUAAAUUUUGUAAGGAGAGGUCUCGAAUGAUUUCAAAACAUGUUUCUGUUUUUGGAACAUAAUUCUAAUUCACACAAUUGAGAUUUUACAAUAAUUUCAGUAGACCAAAAUAAGGGAAGUGUUACCGCAUUUUUACCACAUGUACUCAGUUGUUUAUACACAGAAAAAAAAAUUUUUUUGGCGCUAGAAAUUUUUUGUAUUAUAAAUUGAAAACAAACAUUUUCUUGAGACAAGAAAAAAUUUCUCGGUUCAAAAAAUUUUUUCUUGCUCUAAAAAAAUUUAUUCUCGUUUCGAGAAAUUUCGAGUUUUCAAAUUAUAUUUCUUGCACUAAGAAAUCCUUUUUUCUGUGUAAUAAUUAUAUAUUUUUACAUACAUGUAUUUUAUUUAAUAGAAUUUAAACUUUGAUUGUUAAUUUUUUGUGUAAUAAGUUAUAUUUAUAUGUACCUGAAGAUCGGAACGUUUUUCGCGGAACGAAAAUAAAAAAACGAUGUGAAAAGUAAAAAAUCUACUGGAUCUAGAUUUCCAAAAUUUUUCGCACAGAUGCUUGUAAGUCAACCGAAAAUUGCAGACACCCCCAAUUAUCCCUCGUUACUUAAAGCAGUCGAAUUACGUGAAUUUUUUUCAUUUUCGUUGCACGAAAAACGUUCCGAUCCUCAGGUACAUAUAUUUAUUUAUUAUAAAAAUUAUUGUGAAAAUUUGUG